CUGGGCUGGGGGACGCUGCCUGCGGCUGAGGGCAGCGGCGCGCCGCCCGCUCCGCGCCCCGCCACCCCGGCCCCCCAAGCCUUUCGCCAGAGCCCCCCCCCCCCUCCUCCGCGCCCCAAAAUGCAGCGCCGCUUCUGCGCCCUGCUCCUACUGGCGUCCCAGUGCAUGGGCUCGGCCGCCGGGCUCUUCCCCUUCGGGGAGCCCGACUUCUCCUACAAGCGCUCUAACUGCAAACCCAUCCCCGCCCCGAUGCUGCUGUGCCGGGGCAUCGAGUACCAGAGCAUGCGGCUGCCUAACCUGCUGGGGCAUGAGACGGUGCAGGAGGUGCUGGAGCAGGCCUCCACCUGGAUCCCGCUGGUGCAGAAGCAGUGCCACCCGGACACCAGGAAAUUCCUCUGCUCCCUCUUCGCCCCCGUCUGCAUCGACGACCUGGACGAGAUCAUCCAGCCCUGCCACUCGCUCUGCGAGGAGGUGAAGGAGAGCUGCGCCCCGGUGAUGUCCGCCUUCGGCUUCCCCUGGCCCGACAUGCUGGACUGCAGCCGCUUCCCCAAGGACAACGACCUCUGCAUCCCGCUGGCCAGCAGCGACCACAUCCUCCCGGUCACCAGGGAAGCACCCAAGGUCUGCGAUGCCUGCAAAAACAAAAACGAAGACGAUAACGACAUUGUGGAAAACCUCUGCAAAAAUGACUUUGCCUUGAAGAUAAAAGUGAAGGAGAUUGCCUACAUCAAUGGGGAUACCAAGAUCACCCCCGAAACAAAGAGCAAAACCAUCUACAAGCUGAAUGGGCUGACAGAAAGGGAUCUGAGGAAGAUCGUGCUCUGGCUCAAGGGUGGCCUCCAGUGUACCUGUGACGAGAUGAACGACAUCAACGUCCCCUACUUGGUGAUGGGCCAAAAGCAAGCUGGGGAACUGGUGAUCACCUCGCUGAAGCGGUGGCAGAAAGGGCAGCGGGCUUUCAAGCGGUUCUCCCGCAGCAUCCGCAAACUGCAGUGUUAGUGGCUUCAGCUCUGGCCGCCUCUGGCAGCCACCUCUGCCCCAAGCUCUCCGGGCCUCCCGCACCUUCUUGCUUCGGCCCUUCUAAGCCUCGAGAUGCCACGGGCAUGAGACAUGGUGACCGCUCUCCGAGAGGGGAGGGAGCCCUCCAUUUUUGUACAUAGGUUAAAAUGUAAUAAAAAAAAUCAUGACUAUUUUUGGGAAGUAUUAAAGUAUCUCGCUUAAAGCUUGGGGUUUUUUUUAUGGUUGCAAAUGUGACUUUGGUCUGAGGUUUUUCCCUCUUUGUUUUGGUAAUGCUGGUUCAUUUAUAUUGCUGCUUCUCUGUAUACAUGCAUGUUUGUUGUGCAAAAGUAGGAGAUGCAGAGAAAUACAGCCACGUGUGCAACUGGCCUGUCACAGUGGGUACGACUCUUUCACCAAGGUGAAAUGGCUUGCCGUCUAUAUUAACACUAUAAAGGUCAUGUUAUGACUCUUGCAUGUGAUACGUAGGCACCAGUAAGAGUAUAUUAACCGUUCUCACACGUUAUUUUCCACAAGUCUGAGCCCUUCUCUCUCAGAAAAAAUGAACAAGUUUUGGAGCUGGUUGAUCUGAAUGCAACUUUUUUUUUUUUUAUUAUUUUGCAAAUUAAACCAUCUGUAGCCUAACUGUAAUAUACCUAGUGGUUAACCUGAAAGAGUUGUAAAAUAUUGCUUUAAUUAACCUUGUAAAUACUCCAGAUAAAUGUUAUAUUCUUGUAUAUAAACUUUACAUCAUA